AUGAUGAACAAGUCGUUUGCCGAGAGCGUCAGCACCGAAGGUCUUCAGCAGCUCGACGAGCUGGCCAAGAGCAACGGCCACAGCUCGAUUGACCAAUAUUUGGAGUCGUUCUUCCGGGACAACUACCAAUUGGCGUCGGAGGACAGGACACUGCUCGAGGAUCUGAACAAGGUUGACGCCGGAGAAAGACCCAACCCGUCGUCUUUUUGGUUCGACGACGAGGACCCGGAGACCAACACGAAUGAGCACGACGAGUUCAACGAAGACGACAUUACCUCCAUGGCGCACGGAAAGCUGGACGAGGUGCGGGAGAUGAGGCACUACGCAAGGCUGGCCGUCUGGGAGAUGCCACUUCUUUCCAAACUCGCCAAGCCCUUUGUACCGCCUACCGACAGCCAGGUUCUGCGAUGGCGAUACACGACGUACAUGGGCGAAGCCCACCCGGCGGAGAAGAAGGUUGUGGUGCAGUUUGCGCCCGACGACCUCAAGCUCACGCCGGUGCAGACGGACAAGCUCAAGAAGCUGGCGGGUCCGCGGUACAACCCCGAGACGGAGUUUGUCAAGAUGAGCUGCGAGAGCUUCGAGCACCAGGCACAGAACAAGCGGUACCUGUCCAAGCUGGUCGACGACCUGAUUGCGGCGGCCAAGGACCCGGCCGACACGUUCGAGGACGUGCCCCUGGACCUGCGGCACCACCCGAUCAAGAAGCAGCCCAAGUUCCCCAAGGAGUGGCGGCUCACGGAGGAGAGACGACUGCAGCUCGAAGAGCACCGGCGCGGGAUUGCCGGCGCCGAGUCGGCGAGGGCUGAGCAGGGGCUGCUGGUUAGUGGCCAGCAGGUCAUCAACGAGUACUUGGUGCAGAAGAUGGUCGAGGAGCAGGAGGAGCGGACAAAGCUACAAGCGGCCGAGAUGGCCACUGUACCCAGGUUCCCGAGGUCGUCGGGGCCGGCGAGCAGGGCGCGGAGAUGA